GCUAUCGUGGAAAACUUGAAAAGUGUGAAAAAAAGACAAAUUGAACACAAACGCGAUUCAGAAAAAUAAAUUAAUCGCGUUGAAUGCGUAAUUUAAAAACUUUUCUUCUGACAAAGAUUUAUUGUUAAAGAGCAGCACUUGUAUAAUCGCCGUCUACUAACUUCUACCGCUGCUACACUACCCGCCCGCUUUUAAUAAUAUUUCGUUACAAACACACUCACAUACACAGACCCUAAAAAUGUUUAUCUGGGAUUGGUUCACUGGUGUUUUAGGAUAUUUGGGUCUGUGGAAGAAAUCUGGCAAACUAUUGUUCCUGGGUUUAGAUAAUGCCGGUAAAACUACGCUACUGCAUAUGCUCAAAGAUGAUAAAUUAGCACAGCAUGUACCAACGUUGCAUCCCACAUCAGAAGAAUUGUCUAUCGGAAAUAUGCGUUUUACAACAUUCGACUUAGGAGGCCACACUCAAGCGCGUCGAGUGUGGAAAGAUUAUUUUCCUGCUGUUGAUGCCAUUGUGUUUUUAAUAGAUGCUUGGGAUGGCGGACGCUUUCAAGAGAGCAAAGAUGAAUUGGACUCGCUAUUAUUGGACGAAGCUUUACGUAAUUGUCCAGUUUUAAUUUUGGGCAAUAAAAUUGAUAAACCCGGUGCGGCCAGUGAAGAUCAUCUAAGAAAUUUUUUCGGACUUUGUCAAUUUACUACCGGGAAGGGCAAGGUAGCGCGUUCGGAAUUACCUGGUCGUCCUUUGGAAUUAUUUAUGUGCUCCGUAUUAAAGCGGCAAGGUUACGGAGAAGGAUUUCGUUGGUUGGCGCAGUAUAUCGAUUAAGUUAAUAUUUAACUAUAAUAAAAAGGUUAAUAUUUAAUUAAGACUCGUACGCGUUAAUUCCAUUAGCCAGCAGAUAGAAUGUGUUUUUUACAACAACAAUGUAGCCAUUUUCUAUUACUCUCAUCUUUACAUAAAGUAAAAAAAAAAAAA